AUGGUGUGCUCUAUGUGUGGUCUUGUUGUUGCUGAGAGGGUUAUAGAUGUGGGAUCUGAGUGGCGUACAUUUUCAAAUGACGCAAAUGCGAAGGAUAUGUCCCGAGUCGGAGCAGCGGAGAAUCCACUUUUUAACGGUGGCGAUUUAUCAACUAUGAUAAGUGGUGCCUCCUACUCUGAUUCGCGUCAACUGGACGAGCAGGGUCGACCUCUUUACCGAAAUCGUCGUAAUGUGUCUGGAUCUGAUAGAGCGCUCAUAACAGCAUUCAAGGAAAUAAGCCAAAUGGCAGAACGAUUAAAUCUUCCAAAAAGCAUCUCGGAUCAUGCGAACCUACUCUUCAAGCAGGUGUAUGAGACCAGAAACCUCCGCGGUCGAAGUAAUGAUGCAGUUUCGACGGCUUGCUUGUACAUGGCUUGUCGCCAAGAGGGCGUGCCUAGGACAUUUAAAGAGGUUUGUGCUGUGACUCGAGUCUCCAAAAAGGACAUAGGCAAGGUGUUCAAAAAGAUCGUUAAAACCCUUGAAACCAACGUUGCCUCAGUUUCCGUGGAAGAUUUUAUGUCGCGUUUCUGUGCCAACCUCAAUCUGGAUAUCGCCGUACAGCAAUUGGCUAAUACUGUUGCUCGCCGGGCUCUGAAUCUAAACUUGGUCUCUGGGCGAAGUCCUGUGUCGGUUGCCGCAGCCGCUAUAUAUAUGGCUGCCUGGGCACUGGGGUGCCGUAAAGAAAAGAAAGAAAUCGGCGACGUGGCCGGCUGCGCUGAAGCCACAAUUACUUGUGCUUAUCGUCCAAUGCGGGAAAGAGCGGCUGAGCUAAUUCCUGACGACGUGAGACUUUGUAUGCGCCCUGAAAAGUUCCCCUCGUGA